CGGAAACCCAUAGCAGAAGAAGACGAUGAUCAUGUGACUGUCGCAGUCUAUUUACUUACGGUGAACAGUGUCGCUGCUUUUUAAUGCUAAAGUGGGUAAAGCCAGGCGUAAUGGAGUCCAGUGAGGUGGGGGACCUCAGUGUCGGAGGAGAGGAGAACUACUUCCAGGGCUACACCUUCACCGACCGCUCCCACUCCAGCCGGGUGGUGAAAAGUAUCAUGGACCUGUGCCUGGAAGAUGGCUUGUUUGCCGACGUCACGAUUACAGUGGACGGCAAAGAGUUCCACCUACACCGACUCGUGCUGUCGGCGCAGAGCAGUUUCUUCCGCUCCAUGUUCACCUCCAACCUGAAAGAGUCCCGUAACCGCUGUAUUGAACUGAAGGAUGUAAGCGCCGCUGUCUUCCAGCUGCUGGUUGACUAUAUCUACCAUGGCACCAUUAAGCUGAGGGUGGAGGAGCUGCAGGACACCUACGAGAUGGCAGAUAUGUACCACUUAACGUCUCUCUUUGAGGAAUGUUCUCGCUUUCUCUCACGGACCGUGGAGGUCAAGAAUUGUCUACAGGUGAUGUGGCUUGCAGACAGGCACAGUGACCAGGAGUUGUACACGUCUGCCAAACACUGUGCUAAAAUCCACUUGGCCCAACUUCAUCUGACCGAGGAAUUCCUCAACCUGCCGCUCUGUCUGCUCUUAGACAUUAUCAAAGAUGGUGUUCCAAGCUCCCAGAAUCCAACUGUAACUAUUGAGUCGUGGAUAAAUCACAACAAGGUGGAGCGAGAGGAGUUUGCUUGUAUCCUCCAAGAAAAUCUCAAGGAAAUCGGUGAGAAUGUCCACAUUUAUCUGAUCGGUAAAGAGGACGCAAGGACUCACUCCCUCGCCGUGUCACUUCACUGCGACGAGGACGACGCCAUCAGCGUUAGUGGCCAGAACAGCCUGUGCCACCAGAUCACCGCCGCUUGUAAGCACAGAGGUGACCUUUACGUGGUGGGCGGCUCCAUCCCCCGGCGCAUGUGGAAGUGCAACAUGCACACCAUGGACUGGGAGCGCUGCGCGCCGCUGCCCAGGGACCGCCUCCACCACACCAUGGUGUCCGUUUCCAGCGAGGAUGCCAUCUACUCUCUCGGCGGGAAGACUCUGCAGGACACGCUCUCGAACGCCGUCAUCUUCUACACGGUAAAAGACAACGUGUGGACGGAGACUAGCCAGCUGGACACGGCGGUCUCGGGGGCCGCAGGUGUCAACUUGGGUGGUACCAUCUACUUGCUCGGCGGCGAGGAGAACGACAUGGACUUUUUCACUAAGCCGUCGCGCCUCAUUCAGUGUUUCGACACGGCGUCACAGAAUUGUCAGAUAAAACAGUACAUGCUGCCGUUCGCCGGGUGCAUGCACGCCGCGGUCCACAUGGACGUCAUUUUCAUCGUGGCGGAAGGAGACUCGCUGGUUUGCUACAAUCCUUUGCUGGAGAGCUUCACCCGCCUGCGUUUCCCCGAAGCGUGGAGCUGCGUGCCAUCGCUGUGGAAAGUGGCCAGUUGUAACGGCUGCAUCUAUGUUUUUCGGGACAAAUGUAAGAAAGGUGAUGCGAACACAUUAAAGUUCAAUCCGGCUACGUCUGUUGUCUCUGUUAUCAGAGGUCUAAAAAUCCUCUUGACAAACUGGCAAUUUGUCUUGGCCUAACAUUUCUUAUUUUUAGCUCUGAAUGUACAUACUGUAUACCGUACAGCAGUGUUGGGGAGUGACUAAUUACAUGGAACUAGAUUAGAUAAUUUCAUUGCAAAAUGUAUGUAGCUUAAUCCAUUACGAGGAGAAAAUGUAUAAUGAAAUUACAGUUGUUUUUGGAAAAAGGUUAGACUCAUAGGUACACUUUUAAACACAAAAGAAAAUGUACUUUUCAACAGUUUCAUCUCUAUAAUUUAGGACUUUUUUUUUUUUUUUAAUGGAACAUUUCACUUCUCCAGGUUGUCAUAUGAAGCAAUAUUAGGGAGGUUUACGGGGAGCCUUCUAUUCUGAUUAUAAUCGGUUUAGAAGCCCAAACCAAAUGGAAAUGCUUCAUAUACACACCUCAGUCGGAAUAAACACGCCGAAUCUGAGUAGAAUUUCAUUCGGUUUCAUAAGGGUCGGAAAUUCCUUUGCCAAACCGAUCAGAAGUCAAUUUUCAUCGCGUAAAAACAGUGAAUCGUAAUGCGCUCUGUCUUCAUGUAAAUACGCGGUGACGUCAUCGUUGAAGCACUUAAAUAUGUCUGAGAAUAUUGUCAUUCAUCCGGGUCAUUGAAUCCGUCGCAUCAGGACUGUUGUGUUUGUCUUAGAAGAUGUUUCGCCUCUCAUCCGAGCAGGCUUCAUCAGUUCAUGCAACAAGGCUUAGUUAGGACGCACUCGCCAGUGUUUGUGUGAAAGACAGCUAUUUGUGCUCCGACUUAGAGGCAUGUCCCACACCACGUAUGGAAUCUUUCUUUUCAAAUGCGAAAAAGUGGAGAGUCGACAAGCCGCCUGGCCGAGAGGCCAUAGUCGGUCCGCUAGAAUCGUGGAGUGGAAACUCCCUCACUGAUAUUCCAUUCGGUUGCAACGUGGUCGUGGAGUUAUCUUGACUUAUUGUCAAGGUAUCACUUAAAUAUAGCGGCUUCGAGCCAGAAUGCGUAUGCCAUGGAGAUGUUUUUAACGGGUAACUUGUUUUUAUCAAGCGCUUGUUUUAAUAAAAGUGUAAAAACAAUCCCAACAACUGUGAUAGACGAUGGACCUCCAUCUUGAUAAAUGGCGUGACGACUUCUAAUUAGAUGUAGCGCACAUGUAUACACCCAAAUAGUUCGCUUCACAUGUAAACCGUUGACCAGAGGUCUUCAAUCGGAAUGACAAAAAAAGUCUCCAAUGUAAACCCAGCUAUUGUGUAAAUUGUCACUCGGUCAACAUUGUGGUGUUCCACAUGCUCUACAAGUAUAAUGCAACAAACAAAUUGUUUUUUUUAUUUACUUUUCAUGUUUAGUUAUCGGUUCAUUUGUGUAAAGAACAAAUAUGUGUUUCAUUUAAAAUAAUGAGCUAUGCUUUUAAUCAACUUUUUUUUUUUUUAGAGGAAACAUCCUCUUGAUGAAUGCAUUAGAAAUUCAGAAAAGUAAUCAAAAUGAAUGCGUUUAUGAACGAGAUUACUGUGAGAAAGUAAUUUAAAUAGUUACGCUACUGUUACAUUUUCAACAGGGUUACUUGUAAUUGUAACAAUCUACAUUCCCAAAGUAAUCUUCCCAGCACUGCUGUACAGACAAAACUUCAGUGAAUCAAUUAGACAGCGUUAUGCACUUGGACCUUUGAGACAAUUGACUGCUUCCAACUUUUGCGGUAGCUGUUUGGGGGAAGCCCUUUUCCCCCAGCUUGCACCUGUUCACAAAACAAGGUCCGUAAAAGCAUGUUUGGAGGGGGAUGUAGAUCAUUAGAGGUGAGCCAGGCCUUCUGGUCCAUUCGUAGGAUAAAAAUCAUUUUACUCUCUUACAGAUUUGAUGUGUUUGACCUAUUAAUUUAACCCAUCACAGUGAGAACACGGCACCCUUUUCGGGCAGCCAUCCACUCCGUAUCACCUGUCCCCAAACUUAUCCCAGCUGACUUUUGGAACUUGCCCAUUUAGAAACGGUCUUUUCCCAACUAGAUGAGGCUACAUCUCGUGAUUUUCCUCAAGCAGUUACUCUGGCUGAAUCCAUGUUGAUGUCAUUUUUGCAUUUGUAUUAGCGCCUGUCUCAUUUUGGAUGCGUUUGCUGAGUAGUCACACAAUAUGUCACAAUGGCAUAACCAGCGCGCACGCAUGCACUUAAAAUCAAGUAGAAACAUUUUACUACUCUUCACUAUAUCGUAACGACGUGUCUAAUAUUGAUGUGCAUACAUAUUACAGGAGAUGUUUUCUAACUUGUCAAAUGUUCUUGUCAUGAAACCUUUACGUACGGUGUUUCUUGUCAAAUAUAUUGCUGUGGCAACUUUA